AUGACAUCACCGUCUGGAUCGUUUGUACCAGGAUUUCUACAGUGUCCAGUAUGCUGCCGACUAUUCACAUCCCCAAAGAGGCUCCCGUGCGGCCAUUCCUAUUGUCGGCAUUGCCUAACAACAUCAAUGAACAAAAAGGGUAUUGUUGUGAAUUGUCGUGAGUGUUCGUAUCAGUACAAAUCUCCAAGUGACGGCAUAAAUGGUGUACCUGACAAUACGCUGCUGUGUGACCUACUACACCUGUCGGAAGCCUUGACAACGCGCCCACGUCGACAUAUCUGCGAUGGUGUUAUCGGAUGUGACGUUUGUUCGCCUGAAGACAACGUCGCUAUCAGGUUCUGUACAAGUGCGGGAUGUAGUCUGUUUCUGUGCCGCACUUGUUACAAACAACACAAGAAAAAUGUAUCCCAUGAAAUGAUUAAUGUUGAGAACAUCGCCAAAAGUUUUCAAGGACAUUCAUCACAUGACCUAACACGUGAUCGUUUUUGCAUAAAGCAUUCUGGGAGAAGAUUAAGUUUGUUCUGUAAAACUUGCCGAGUACCUAUAUGUGAAGUAUGCAAAGAGAACGAGCAUACAAGUGAACAUAACAUAGAGAAAACAACUGACAUUUCCAGAAAACGAAAGGCAGAAUUAACUAAAUUUGUUACAAAAAUGAGGCAGAAAAGACCAGAAGUUGACAAAUUCCGUGAAUGCGUCCGCGAUUUAAACCGUCAGCUCGAUGCAGAUAGGGAUGAAGCAGAAAAAGACAUCCGGGACUUUGUGGGGCUUUUGAUAGAUACAAUUCAUGACAAGGAGAGGGCAUUAUUGGAGGAAUUAGAAAGCAAACACAGGGGUGAUAAAGAAUUAGUUGCGCACGCGUUGGGUCGCUCCGACAAAACAUUAAACAAACUAUCUCUUUGUAUUGACUUGGCAUCACGGGUAAUUGAUGAACAAAAUGAAAUCAAUUUUAUGACAUUAGAGGGCGGUGUUAGGAAUACAUUGCAAGAAUUACUCGAUGAGCAAGUGCUACCAACAUUUUGUACUAGUGGUGUUUGUAUUGAAUUUGACCCAAAUACAAGCUUUAAGACUUUAAUACACGUAGAAAAUAUUGGCACUUUGGCAAAUACUAAGCUUAUUUCAAACAUUGAUAUUCCAGUACCAGAAAGAACAAUAUUUUCUGCUAGGCAAAGGGAACCAUCAUUUGAACUUGAUGCCACCAUUGGCUGCGAUGGUAUCGUAGAGGGAACUUUCACUUCGCCUCAUGGACUUUCCUUUACCCAAGAGGGCGUCCUUGUAGUUGCUGAUAAAGACAAUGCACGGAUACAAAUGAUAGACCAGAGUGGCGGAUGUGCAGCGAGUAGAGUGCACGACAGAUUGGACCCUGUUGACGUCACAGUGAUUGACAGUUACAAAAUAGCUGUAACCGACAGCAAUAAUAAUAAGAUACGAAUUUGUAGUUACCAUGGUGAAUUAAUCACAUCAUUCAGUGCGCUUAAUCUGAUGGAACCGCGGGGCAUUUGUUUCCAUGCCAACGGUAAUUUGUACGUGACUAACUCUGAUUGCAUACAGGUGUUUUCCAUCCAAGGACACGUGAUCAAAACGAUCGGAGGCAAACGAAAUUCACGUCCUGGGUAUUUUGAUGACCCGUGGUUUAUGGCUGUUAACAGUAAGGGUAAUCUUUUAGUUUGUGACACCGGUAACCAUCGAAUACAGGUACUGAAUGCGAGAGGAGAAUAUCUGACCGAGUUUGGGAAAAGCAGUGACGUCACAUUGAAAACACCACGCGGCAUUGCCGUCGAUAGAAUGGAUAAUGUAUACGUGACCUUUGACCACUGUGUACACAUGUUUGGUCCUGACGGUGCGUAUGUAUGCCGCGUUGACAAAGACGAAGACGGUUUAAAAUGGCCUGUCGGGAUUGCAGUACGUCAUGAAAGUGACGUCACCAAGAUUUACGUAUCCGAUGCUAUGAACAACUGCAUACGUAUUUUCAAAAACAAAUGA